AAUGAAUGAAUUUCAGGAUAUUCAUUCAUUCUUUGAACGAUACAUUUUGUCAUUGUCAUAUUUAUUAUUCUAAAGAAAAGAGUAUUGAAAAUAUUUUCAUUUAAUUUCUCUGUGUCAAGUGGAGCGUUCUUACAAAGCAUAUAAAAUGAGUUUUGACCUAGCGAAUAGUGGCCAAGAAAGGGAGGACCGCAAAUACUACGAUCGCAAUAAAGGAGACGACAUGCAAAUAUCCAGAACAGAUAUGAAUAUGUUGAUAAUGAAUUAUUUGGUAACAGAGGGAUUCAAAGAGGCUGCCAUUAAAUUUCAACAAGAGGCUGGGCUACAGGAACCUGCUCUGUGCAGCUCUCUGGAUGAAAGAAUCAUGAUCCGUGAAGCAGUUCAAACUGGUCGCAUCCCUGAUGCUAUCGCAAUGGUGAACGCUCUACACCCAGAACUGUUGGAUAAUGACAGAUAUUUGUACUUCCAUUUACAGGUAAAUGUAUAAACAUUAUAUUACUCU